AUGGCGGGCACGCCGGGAGCGCCGCUGUCGCCAGACGCAGGCCCGACCGAUCCUCACCUCCCCAAACUGCCGUCCGGCUGGAUAGCGCAGUGGGACAGCAGCUCUCGCAAGUACUACUACGUCCAGAUAAGCACCGGCGUCUCCCAGUGGGAUCUGCCGACCAGUGAAGCCCCUGCCGGCCCUUCACGACGACCCGAGCAGAUUCCCGCAAGCGCAUGCGAAAAUGCGGGCAUUCCCGACCCGGCGAGUGCGCCGAACGGCAAGCCCGAGGAAUACAGCGGCGACAGAGGCCUUGGUAGCACGGCCUUCAACCUUCUAGCAUCACAGCAUGGUGGCGGGAAACAGUCGUCAGGAAUCGGGAGCCUGGCUACAUCCCUCCUGAACAGCAGCAGCUCGCACAGCAGCAACUCUCAUUCUGGCGGACACAGUAGUGGCACCGCCGGACUCGUUGGGUCGCUUGCCAGUAACUUGCUUGGAGGGAGCAAGCCUCAUGGACAACAACAACAAGGGAGCCACAGCGGUUCUUCUAGCUCGCAUCAAAGUAGCGGGUUGGGUAGUGUUUUGGGCGGCAUCCUAGGCGGUGGAAGCCAUGGCUCGCACGGCCAGCAAAACAGUAAUUACGGUUAUUCUUCUGGAGCGCCAUCCUCUGGUGGUUACUCUGGCACGGCUCCGCCUGCCCAGUAUAACCCUGCUGGCUCCGCCUCCCACACACCCAGCUCUGUCCCGUCGUACCCUGGACAACCUGGUUAUAACAACCAAUAUUCCAGCCCCAACCCGCAAAGCGGUCACAACCAAUAUGCGCCUCCUGCACACACCUCGUCGUUCGGUCAGCCGCCGCAGCAUGCGCCCUCAUUUGGCCCGCAAAGUUCGUCAUCGUGGGGGCCGCAGGCGCAAGGUACCCCGUCUUUCCCACCACCUCCUCCUGCUCAACCGCAACAGCACCACCAGGGCAGUUAUGGCUCUACACCGCACGACGCAUCUCAGACUCACGGCGGGUACUUCAACCAGGCGGUUCCGCAGGGUGCUUACGGGCAACAUGGGCAGCAUGGAGGCUACAGCAACAACCAACACCCGCCGCCACCCCCUGCGGGAAGUUAUCCUCAGGGCAACUAUACCGCUGUGCCUUACGGGCAACCGUCCCCUCAUGCAGGGUUUGGUCAAUCGCCGGUGCAGCAUCAGCAGGGUGGCUACAGCGGAGGUUUUAGCGCUCAAGCGCCGAACGGGCAGCACAAUGCAUACGGGCAGGGGCAGCAUCAGACUGGAUACCACGGUAGCGGAGCACCGUCGCAACCUGGGUGGUAA